CCUUAACGCACGUAACUCGCCAGGUUUUCCCCCAACACCAAUCCACUGUUACCCUCUCCAUGGUCCCCACCCCGGAUUCCCGUGACAUUUUUCCAAUACAACACUUAAUUGAGCAACUGAGAUUCUUCACGUGCGUGGUUGAUUUGUAGUUUGAACACGUGGCUCAUUCAAAUUAGCCGGAAUAUCCGUUUUUUUUUUCUUACCUCUUCUCUUUCUUGGUUUUAUUCAGAGGCGGGUGCGAACCUUAACGUGUGACAUUCUCUAGGCCAAGGGGUUUUGAUGAAGACAAAAAAGUAGUUUCUUCCUUUUCACCCAGCCAUCGUUUUGGAGAGAAGGGAUAAAUAAUUAAGAAUAUUUUUUUUGUACGCAAUAGAGGGGCGAGGAAGCGCGAACACCCGACGAGGUAGCCCGUCAAAUAUAUCUGUGGAACGACCGGGGGAAGCACACCACCGCCACUCCGUUUAGUAGUAAGGCGAUUUUGGCGACUCCAAACACUGCACACCCGAUAUUUUAAAUAACGGUUAACCUUCUGCGUAAAGGUUGUCAAUUUCAGCGCAGAACAUGAACAAGCUGUACAUUGGAAACGUGAGUGAAGAGGCGAGUGCGGAGGACUUGGAAACUAUAUUUGAGCAGUGGAAGAUUCCGCACAGUGGUCCGUUUCUCGUCAAAACUGGUUAUGCGUUCGUGGAUUGCCCCGAUGAAAAGAUUGCAAUGAAGGCCAUCGACAUUCUUUCAGGUAAAGUUGACCUACAUGGAAAACUCCUAGAGGUGGAGCACUCGGUCCCUAAACGUCAAAGGAGCUGUAAGCUGCAGAUCAGGAACAUCCCGCCUCAUAUGCAGUGGGAGGUUCUGGAUGGCAUGUUGGCCCAAUAUGGCACAGUGGAGAACUGUGAGCAAGUAAAUACAGACACAGACACUGCAGUGGUCAACGUCAGAUAUGGUGCUAAGGACCAGGCUAGACAGGCGAUGGAGAAGCUGAAUGGCUUCCUGAUGGAGAACUUUGCCCUGAAGGUGUCGUACAUCCCCGACGAGAUGGCCACCGCUGACGCCCCACCUCUGGGAGGGGGUAGGAGGGGCUUUGUCCCCCGUGGCCCUCCUCGCUCAGGUUCUCCGGGCAUGGGGGCGCGCCCCAAACUGCAGUCGGAAGUUCCCUUACGGAUACUCGUCCCAACGCAGUUUGUAGGAGCCAUCAUCGGCAAGGAGGGAGCCACCAUUCGCAACAUCACCAAACAGACACACUCAAAGAUCGACAUCCACAGGAAGGAGAAUGCGGGAGCGGCAGAGAAACCCAUCACGGUCCACUCCACCCCAGAGGGCUGCUCCAACGCCUGCAGAACCAUCAUGGAGAUCAUGCAAAAGGAGGCCCUCGACACCAAGUUUACUGAGGAGAUUCCACUGAAGAUUCUGGCUCACAACAACUUUGUGGGCCGACUGAUCGGGAAGGAAGGACGUAACCUAAAAAAAAUUGAAGUGGACACAGAGACCAAGAUCACCAUCUCCCCUCUCCAGGACCUGACCCUGUACAACCCUGAGAGGACCAUCACAGUGAAGGGUUCUAUCGAGGCCUGCUCCCGUGCCGAGGAGGAAGUCAUGAAGAAGGUCAGGGAGUCGUAUGAGAACGACGUGGCCGCUAUGAAUCUCCAGUCUAACCUGAUUCCAGGACUCAACCUGAAUGCUUUGGGUUUGUUCCCUGGUGGUGCUCCAGGUAUGGGCCCCUCCAUGGGACACAACGUCCCACCUCCCGGUGCCCAGGGUGGCUAUUCAUUCGGGAGCAGCUCCUUCGGGGGUGAAGGGCCAUUUUGGGCGUCUGUGCUGUCGGGGAGCAGCCAGCCCGUCUCUGGCCAGGGGCAGCCGGAGUCGGAGACUGUCCAUCUGUUCAUCCCGGCGCUGGCGGUCGGAGCGAUCAUCGGAAAACAGGGUCAGCACAUCAAGCAGCUGUCGCGCUACGCCGGAGCCUCCAUCAAGAUCAGUGCAGAUGAAGUCAGUGUCGUAGAUGCAAACCAGGGAGCCCCUCCAGAAGGUAUGGACACCAAGCAGAGGAUGGUGAUCAUUGCUGGACCACCAGAGGCCCAGUUCAAGGCUCAGGGUCGUAUCUUUGGGAAGCUAAAGGAGGAGAACUUCUUUGGGCCGAAGGAGGAGGUGAAGCUAGAGGCUCACAUCAAGGUGCCCUCUUUCGCUGCUGGACGUGUCAUCGGCAAGGGAGGCAAAACGGUGAAUGAGUUGCAGAACUUGACCAGUGCUGAGGUGGUGGUCCCCAGAGACCAGACCCCUGACGAGAACGACCAGGUCAUUGUCAAAAUCACUGGACACUUCUAUGCAAGCCAGCUGGCCCAGAGGAAGAUCCAGGAGAUCUUGUCCCAGGUGAGACGGCAACAGCAGCCCAAACCCUCACCCCGCGGGGAGGGACCACCCCUCCCACGCCCUUCCCGGAAGUAGAGGGGGGCGUCCAGGUGGCCCAGGGGGGCCAGUGACGGAACCGCCCCCGAAGACAGACCAGAGCAGAGACCGGAAGGGAAACACAGGCAGGGACAAGGCGCUCAUCUCAGGGGAUAAGGGUCAUGGGUACCCAACUGUACACCCACUCUGGACGACCUCCUCGACCUUACACACCCACCCCCACUCUCGACGACCCCCUCGACCUUACACACCCACUCUCGACGACCCCCUCGACCUUACACACCCACCCCCACUUUCGACGACCUCCUCGACCUUACACCCCCCCUCUCGACGAUCUCCUCGACCAACACUAACCCCCCCCGAGCCGACACCACAGCGUGGAUAAGAGACCUUACCCCCCAACCCAUCGCCACACCUGUCUGCAUCUCUGUGAGAAUGUACUUGAGGGUUCCAACGUUGUCACUCACCCUCACCUCGGUCCUGAUUGGUUCCUUAUUUGUUUUAAUGUUGUUUUUUUGGUACACUAGAGAACACAAAGAAGAAAUAAUAAUGAACUCCCUCCUGUCACCUCCCUGGUGUGGUAACACACUCAACCACCUCACAUGUUGAUGACGGCUGUUAAUUUUGUUUUUACCUUUUAAUUUUAACUAUUUUUUUUUUGCCCUGGAUGAAGUGUUUGUUUAGUUGGUUGGAACUUUCUCUCCUGAGUUUUCUUUGGAAAGAAAAAGGUAUUGCUCUGAGUCCUUGUAGGAUGGAGAAAGGCUAGGGGAGGGGUUUAGAUGGAGGGGUGGGGCUCGGGGUAAUACUCUGGUGUUUGAUUGGACAGGGGCCCCGGUGGUGGUCUAACAGGGCACCCCUGUCCUGCUAUUGAUAGUGGCAUUUUAUAAAUUCGGAUGCAUUUUAUAGAUAUAUAAAAUAUAUUUAGAGGCGAGGAUAACACUGUCAUUAACACUUAAGGGACGUGUUGAAUGGUGUUGGCCAGGAAAACCAAUUUAAUAUGCAUUGUACUGAACUACCUCAGGAUCUCUAGUACCUCAAGAAGA